UCUCAAACUCUCUCGAUUAUGUCGAACCAACAGGCCCCAACUCGUCCAUGGUUUCGUUUAGCAUCCAUUUCAAGGCCACAACCCCAAGCACCUGCUCCAACACCUGAACCUGCUCCUGCCCUGCCACGAUCAACCACGAUUAUACCUGCAUUCCGACCUACGGGAGGUGCUUCCUCCCUUCCGGCAUCACCUGCGUCUGUCGGUAGAGGAUCUCAGCCGUCUUCUCCUGCCAAAAAUCCUACGUCUGAAGUUAGUUCUACAACUGCUUCGGUGCCCAAUUCCCCGUUGAAAACGGCUCCAACUGCUGCGAGGUCACCUGUUUCUCCACCGAAACCGGCAAAAACGGCGUCAUUGCCAUCUUCUCCAGCCAAGCCAGUGGCGACUACUGCCUCUGUUCCCUCUUCUCCAGCCAAGUCAGUGGCGACUACUGCCUCUGUUCCCUCUUCUCCAGCCAAGUCAGUGGCGACUACUGCCUCUAUUCCCUCUUCUCCAGCCAAGUCAGUGGCGACUACUACUUCCUCGGUUCCAACUUCACCAGCCAAGACAUCUCCUACUACAACAUCGGUGACUAACUUUACGACCACUACGAAUCGUGUGGCUAGCCCUCAAGCAUCGACAGUCAAACCUUCCAUGCAAUCUCCAACUCAAUCACCAAAGAUCAAACCACCAACUGCUCCACCACCUUCCCCUUUAACUCUCCCACCUCCCCAGAUAAGAGCUCAAGCUGAUCUCGAGCCUAAGAUCCCUGUCGAGGCAGAGCAAAAGACAGUGCUCGUUCAAAAGAUGAUCGACAAGCCCAACGGGCUUUUCAGUGCCCCUCAAAAGGAUCUCGACGACACUCGCAUUCAUGGACAGAGGGAACCGACCAAGCAUGGAGAAACAAAGGAGAAAGGCAAUGGCAAGAAGUUCUCUUCGGACUCGGAGGAUUCUGGUAUGAGGAUCAUAACAAUCGCUGGUGAGAACAAAGGUUCUUUCAUGGAGCUAAUCAAAUCACCCCACAGAAAUGGUUUCCAGGGCAGUCCUCAUCGGCUCCAGAAGCCAGUGACCGGAAGCAGUGAUGGAAGCGUGUACCAUAGUUAUGGCAGCAGCGUCGAGGAAGGCGAUAGAAAGAUGAAGGGAAAGAGCAGCGGAUCGAACACUUUGCCAAUGAAUGCGUUCAUGAACAGCAAUGUGCAAGGCGUUAACAACUCGAUCGUCUAUAAUUCUUCAUGCACUCACCAUGACCCCGGUGUGCACCUUUCUCUCCAAAGAAAACCAAACACCGGCGGAUUCCAUGUCUAGGAACGCACCAAUGGCUACAAAAGCUAAACAAAAAGCAAAGCAUCAAGUGGAUUUUAAUUAUCUUGGUUUGUUUUAAUUAAAUUUAGGUAUAGGAUACUUGUUUUUGAGAAUAAACACUAAUAUGCUAAAUGUCUCAUGGAUUCGGAUUCUUCAAUACCAUUCGUGGUGCCUAAUUGAAGACGCUCCAUGUUCAGGCCUGGAGAACUAUGAGAGGAUAAGAUGCUAUAUUCCGAUUGCAAUAAAAAU